GGGUCCCGAGUCAACUUUCCCGACUGGUGAUUUGAUGAACGGGGAUUUUUCCAGUGUCAGUAUCUUACAGUCGGUUCAGGUUCGGCGUUACGGCUUUUGUCCAGCCUCCUGACGGUGCGCAACUCUCGGGGAACUGAGUGCUUUGCGCUUUUUUUUCAUGAAAGCCCUUUACCAUCAGUCUGAGAGCUGGGCUUAAGGGGGAGCGGAUCUGAAGGGCCCAGUCUGGCUGUGUGAGGCAUCUUUAUCCUUUCACACAUGGCGCUGUAGUAUAAGCACUUUUUUUUCUUUUUUGUGGAUUGUGGAAGGGACCAGAUUUGAUUAAAAGUCGCCCGUUUUCUGUACAGCUUCGGGCGCUUAUCAUGGAGAUGCAAAAGUGGACCACCAGGUGGAAAACGAAAAGGUGGCUAUGGGAUUCAACGCUAACCGCUGCCGUCACAUUAAUUUUAAUCCUACAAGCUGUCGAUGUCAGAGCAGCUGAACCAGUAGAUGUACUGAAGGCUCUAGACUUCCAGAGCUCUCCCGUAGGAGUACGGAAAACACCAGGCUUCUGCACAAUCCGGAGAGGAUCCAAACCCGACAUUGCUUACAGAGUGGGAAAAAAGGCUCAGAUCAGCGCUCCAACCAAGCAGCUCUUCCCAGGGGGAGUCUUCCCAGAAGAUUUCUCCAUCCUGUUUACCGUCAAGCCCAAGGCUGGCCUCCAGUCCGUCCUGCUUUCCGUGUACAACGAGCAAGGCACCCAGCAGCUCGGCGUGGAGGUGGGCCGUAACCCUGUCUUCCUUUAUGAGGACCAGCAUGGCAAGCCUACCCCGGAGCAGUACCCCAUGUUCCGCUCCAUCAACCUUGCUGAUGGAAAAUGGCACCGUGUAGCUAUCAGCGUGGAGAAGAAGAGCGUCACCAUUAUUGUGGACUGUAAAAAGAAGAUGACGAGGCCGCUCCACAGAAGUGACCAGGCUGUCAUCAACACAGAUGGCAUUACUGUCUUUGGAACCAGAAUCCUGGAUGAGGAAGUCUACGUGGGUGACAUCCAGCAGCUGCUGAUAGUGGCAGACCCCAGAGCAGCCUAUGACUACUGUGAACACUACAGCCCCGACUGUGAAACCAGCACCAACCACCACGACACCCCCCAGGCUCAGGAACCUGAGGGCGAGUACACUAACUAUGAAUAUGGUGAACUCUAUGACUACAUUGAAGGAGAGUUAACCACUGACACUCCCCCAACUGAAAAAGUCAAGACCGAGGAAAUUGCGGUUGAAGACUACUACACCGGUGAGUAUGACUACACCACUGUGGACGGAAAUCUGCCUGAAACUCCCACUGAGACUGCUGGACAAGGCCAGAGCUAUGAAGGGGAAAUAGUGGAAGAUUACAUCACCGGUGUGGAACAGGUCGGGGUGGACACCACUGCUGCCGUGGAAACUGCCGCCCCAGUGGACACCCAAGAUAAUGUGGAUAAAACCACUGACGUCUAUGAGUUUAAGGAAUACGACCUGAAGGAAUAUGACAACAAAGAGUUUGUAGAGAAGCCAUACGAAUAUGGUGAUUAUGGCGAUUAUGGCACCACUGACACCAAGCCUACAUCUGCAACAUAUGAGGAAGAGUUUGGUCCUGGCGUUCCAGCGGAGACCGAUUUCAGAGAGAGCAGUGUGACUGGAGGCCACAGUUACCUGGGAGAAAAAGGAGAGAAGGGUGAACCUGCUGUCAUUGAGCCAGGGAUGCUUAUAGAAGGACCCCAAGGAGCCCCCGGCCAAGCAGGUCUUCCUGGUACCCCAGGAUUGCAGGGUCCCCCAGGUCCCCAUGGAGAUCAUGGUGAGAGGGGUCCUCCAGGUCGUCCUGGUCUUCCUGGUUCAGACGGUGUCCCUGGCCCUCCAGGUACCAUUCUGAUGCUUCCAUUCCGUGCAGGCGGUGAGUCACACAAGGGACCUGUGGUUUCAGCCCAGGAAGCUCAGGCUCAGGCUAUCCUAUCUCAGGCUAGGCUGGCUAUGAGAGGUCCUCCAGGGCCAGCGGGCAUGGCAGGAAGAUCUGGUCCUGUCGGAGGUCCUGGUGCUCCUGGACUUAAAGGUGACAGUGGUGAUUCAGGUCCACAGGGACCCAGAGGUCUUCAGGGAGCAACUGGUCCACCAGGGAAAGCAGGAAAGAGGGGUCGCAAUGGAGCUGAUGGUGCUCGAGGAAUGCCAGGAGAGUCAGGGGCCAAGGGUGACAGAGGAUUUGACGGCCUCCCUGGUCUCCCUGGAGAGAAAGGGCACAGGGGAGAACAGGGUCCUACAGGUUCUCCGGGACCUCCAGGAGAUGAUGGCCCAAGAGGUGAAGAUGGCCAGGUUGGACAGAGAGGUGUGGCUGGAGAGAGCGGCCCUCGAGGUUUGCUUGGCCCCAGAGGAUCUGCAGGUCCAGGUGGACAGCGUGGUCUUCCUGGACUUGAUGGACAAGCUGGUCCCAAAGGAAACAUGGGUCCACAAGGAGAGCCAGGACCUCCUGGGCAGCAGGGUUUGCCUGGUCCACAUGGUCUUGUUGGUCCUCAAGGUCCGAUCGGGCCUCCUGGUGAAAAAGGACCUCAAGGUAAACAAGGUUUGGCUGGCCUUAAUGGUGCUGACGGCCCUCCUGGUCACCCAGGAAAAGAAGGUCCUGCGGGCGAGAAAGGAUCAGCUGGUCAUCCCGGUCCUAUGGGAUCCAUCGGCUACCCUGGGCCUCGUGGUGUGAAAGGCGCUGAGGGAAUUAGAGGCCUUAAAGGUGGCAAAGGAGAAAAGGGAGAAGAUGGAUUCCCUGGCUUCAAAGGUGACAUGGGUCUCAAAGGCGACAAGGGUGAGUCUGGUGUAUUAGGACCCAGAGGAGAGGAUGGCCCUGAGGGCCCCAAGGGCAAGUCAGGACCCAACGGAGAGGCUGGUCCCCUAGGACUGGCUGGAGAGAAGGGAAAACUUGGAGUCCCUGGAUUGCCUGGGUACCCUGGCAGACAAGGCCCUAAGGGCUCCAACGGCUUCCCUGGAUUCUCCGGGGCGAAUGGCGAGAAGGGGGCAAGGGGAAUCGCUGGCAAAGCAGGCCCUAGAGGGCAACGUGGUCCAACGGGUCCACGUGGAGGACGUGGUGCUAGAGGACCAACAGGAAAGCCGGGUGCAAAGGGCACCUCAGGCAAUGAUGGCCCUCCUGGCCCUCCAGGAGAGAGGGGGCCUCAAGGACCACAGGGACCCGUCGGUUUCCCCGGACCUAAAGGACCCAAUGGCCCGCCAGGAAAAGAUGGGCUGCCUGGUCAUCCCGGACAGAGAGGAGAAACGGGCUUCCAAGGAAAGACUGGACCACCAGGACCUGGAGGUGUGGUUGGACCACAGGGACCAACUGGAGAGACAGGACCCAGCGGAGAGCGAGGACACCCUGGUUCUCCUGGUCCACCUGGUGAGCAAGGUCUACCUGGAGCUGCUGGAAAAGAGGGUGGAAAGGGUGAUCCAGGUUCUCAGGGUCCUGGUGGCAAGUCAGGACCUGCCGGCCUGAGAGGCUUCCAGGGGACAAGAGGUCUUCCAGGAGCCAUGGGUCCAGGUGGCUUAAAGGGAGGAGAAGGGCCCCAGGGCCCCCCUGGCCCCAUCGGUUCUCCUGGAGAGAGAGGUGCAGCUGGUCCUGGAGGUCCCAUUGGUCUGACAGGGCGUAAUGGUCCCCAAGGACCACCAGGUCCUGCUGGAGAAAAGGGAGGACCUGGAGAGAAAGGUCCCAUGGGUCCUGCUGGACGUGAUGGCAUUCAAGGUCCCGUUGGUCUUCCUGGUCCGGCCGGUCCUCAGGGUCCCCCCGGAGAGGACGGUGACAAGGGAGAAGUUGGCGGACCUGGACAGAAGGGAAGCAAAGGAGACAAGGGUGAACUUGGUCCACCAGGCCCGAGCGGUCUUCAGGGUGUGGUCGGAGCUCCUGGACCAGCUGGCAGCGAUGGCGAGUCUGGACCCAGAGGACAGCAGGGUAUGUUUGGCCAGAAAGGAGACGAAGGACCCAGAGGAUUCCCUGGUCUACCAGGACCCAUCGGACUUCAGGGUUUGCCCGGCCCCCCUGGUGAGAAAGGAGAGAAUGGAGACGUCGGAGCGAUGGGUCCACCUGGUCCUCCUGGCCCCAGAGGUCCUCAAGGUUCCAGCGGAGCCAAUGGUGCACAAGGCCCUCCUGGUAGCAUCGGUUCGAUGGGAGGUGUUGGUGAGAAGGGAGAAACCGGUGAGGCUGGCAACCCGGGAUCACCUGGAGAGCCUGGUAUUGGAGGCCCAAGAGGAGAGACUGGUGAGAAGGGAGAAACCGGCCCACCCGGAGCUGCUGGACCCGCUGGUGCCCGCGGCCCCUCUGGAGAUGACGGUCCCAAGGGUAACCCUGGUCCUGUCGGCUUCCCUGGAGACCCUGGUCCCCCUGGUGAGCCUGGUGCUGCUGGUCUUGACGGUUUACCCGGUGACAAAGGAGAUGAUGGAGAAGCUGGACAGCCUGGCCCUGCAGGUCCAUCUGGCGAGGCAGGAGUACCAGGACCUCCUGGCAAAAGGGGACCUCUUGGACAAACAGGUCAGGAGGGCAGACAAGGAGAGAAGGGAUCCAAGGGAGAAGCUGGAGCAGAGGGGCCCGUUGGAAAAACUGGACCUGUUGGACCUCAGGGACCUGCUGGAAAGUCCGGUCCUGAGGGAUUGCGUGGUAUCCCUGGCCCUGUUGGUGAGCAAGGACUCCCCGGUGCCUCCGGCCAAGACGGCCCUCCUGGACCUCUUGGACCCCCCGGACUUCCCGGUAUGAAAGGUGACUCUGGACACAAGGGAGAGAAGGGUCAUCCAGGUCUAAUUGGUCUGAUUGGACCUCCCGGCGAGUUCGGAGAGAAGGGAGAUAGAGGCUUGCCUGGACUUCAGGGUACCGCAGGUGGCAAGGGUGAUGCUGGUGCUGGUGGUCCUCAAGGUCCUCUCGGUCCUCCUGGUCCUCCUGGUAUUCCUGGCCCUCAAGGACAGAAAGGCUCCAAGGGAUCAGGUGGUUCACAAGGUCAGAAGGGAGACACUGGUAUGAUUGGACCACCCGGACCACCUGGUCCACCUGGUGACGUCAUCCAGCCUCUGCCCAUGCAGCAGUCCAGCAGAAAGACCAGGCGGCAGGCCGACAUGCAGGGAGACGAGGCGAUGCCGGACUACGGCGUAGGCGGUAUGGGCGUGGAGGGAAUGGAGGAUGUCUUCGGAUCCCUCAACAACCUCAAACAGGACAUCGAGCGCAUGAAGUUCCCCAUGGGCACCCAAGACAAUCCUGCAAGGACCUGCAACGACCUGCACCUCAGCCAGCCCGACUAUCCAGAUGGUGAAUACUGGAUUGAUCCAAACCAGGGCUGCAUAGGAGACUCCAUCAAAGUGUUCUGUAACUUCACAGCAGGCGGAGAAACAUGCAUCUACCCCGAUAAGAAAUCAACAGGAGUUAGAAUAUCCAACUGGCCCAAGGAGUCUCCAGGUUCAUGGUUCAGUGAAUUUAAGCGUGGCAAAAUUUUGAACUACGUCGACAUCGGAGAAGACAGCAUCAACACGGUGCAGAUGACCUUCCUGAAGCUGCUGAGCUCCUCUGCACGGCAGAACUUCACCUACAUUUGCCAUCAGUCCGCGGCCUGGUACGACGCCAAGGCCGACAACUACGACAAGGCGCUGCGCUUCCUGGGCUCCAACGAUGAGGAGAUGUCUUACGACAAUAAUCCCUUCAUCAAGCCGCUGAUUGACGGCUGCUCGCUGAAGCAGGGCUAUUCAAAGACGGUGAUGGAGAUCAACACUCCCCGCAUCGACCAGUUGCCCAUCAUUGACGUCAUGCUGAAUGACUUUGGGGAAUCCAACCAGAGGUUUGGCUUCGAGGUCGGCCCCGUCUGUUUCCUCGGCUAAACACGCCCCUACUCCCCGCUGAAGGACAGGGUCAGAGGAUCCACUCAAGCCCGGAGAAGAAGAGUGCCCCGAGGCCCUGUCAUGAAAGCGCUGACCAGGGGAAACUACUCCUCGCCCUUGUAGGGCCAGAAUCACAUGACUUUAACUUACAUGUAGUAAAUGGGAGUGACAUCAGGAAAAGGACAUUUGAUGCCGUGGCGGACAGUGGCGCACUUUCAGCAACAGAGAGAGGAUCCACUCACCCCAAGCCCCAUCCUCCCUUGUCCUUUCCCCCCCUCCCACCCGCCUCCCUCUCUGGAUGCUCCGGGUGCUGCUCUGAAUACAACCACAGAGGUGCUUUUGUGCAGAAUCACAAAACACUCAAGGUGCUACAAAAAGUGCUUUUUGAUAAAACUGUAAUUAUUAUUAUUAUUUUGUACAAUAUUGUUCCUUUCCGAAUCCACUCUAAAAAAAAAAAAAACUUGCAUGUGCCCCAGCUCUUGGAGUUAUUAAAUAAAUAUUUGAUAAACUAUAUAGAAAUAAAUCCAAUGACAAUGUUGUGUUAAAAACUAAAAUUUGCUAAGAAAUAUAAUGUCUUUUGAAAACCAAUUUGUAAGUUAAAAAAAAAAAUUAUCCAUUUGUAAAUAAUCUAACUUUCAAUAUUUGAUUUUUUUUUUUUUUUUUUUUAAUGAGAGGAACAUAACACCUGACUCUUCUUUCAUGACUUAGCAGUUGGUAUGGCCAUCAGGAUAUUAAGCCAUAAUAAUAAUAAAAAAAUGAGAUAGUAAUAUAAAUAUUGUAAGAAAGGGCUUAUUCAUCCAAACUUUAUUCAUCCAGAUGUUAUACUGUACCUCAGUUUCUUUGAAAAAAUGUGGACAUCACAAUCAUGAUUAUUCACAGUGGCUAACUCACUUAGGAAAAAAAAAUAACAUUUUUUCUUUUUGUGUUUGUUUAAUUUCACUUUCACAAACGAAAAGCCCUGUCGACUUCUUUUCUUUGUAACAAAAUGUUUUCAUGUGCCUUGAAUUGUUCAUUCAAAAAUAUUAAAACUGGAUUCUGAAAAAUGUCGGGUUGAACGUCUGUAUUGUUGGCUGUUGACAUGAUUAGUGGUCUUUUUUUUUUUUUUUUGUGAUUCUGCGCUCCCUCAUAGAUAUCACCUUCCUUUCGCCGCCAUGAUAAUUUAAGAUUAGGAGCAUUAGUGGGCUGUUUGGGUUCAUGUGAUUGAUUCUGCUGAGCCCAGGCGUUGUUGAUCUCUUCCAGUCUCUUUUCUUUCUCUGACUCAGAUUUGACUUUGAUCAAGAUCUGUUUGCAUCUCCAUCUCUUUAGCUUAAAGCAUUGAUAGCAUAGACAUCAGAGCCGCUUUCAAACCUGUAUGAUUACAGUAUGUUUACAACCUAUGUACAACUGAAAUAAAUGUUUGGUGCUUUGCCAAAUGCACACUGCAAUCGUUUGCAUUCACUUGCA